CUUAUGCAGAGAAUUGGCCUGGAGCACCUGACCAGCCUGUUCAUGCUGAAUGGAUUUGAGAUGUUGGAGACCUUCUCAGAGCUGGAUGAGGAUGACUUGAACACUCUGAACAUCACUGAUCCCGAACAGAAGGCCAAACUCCUGACAGCAGCUGAACUACUGAAUGACUGUGAUUCCCAUGAUGCCUCCGAUGGCCACACUAGAAGUGACCGAUCCGGUUCAGGGACCAAUUCCUCAGAUACACCAUCAAGUCUUUCCCCUGCCACUGUCACUGGGGCUGAACAUGCUCAGGCAAGGACAGGUAACUCCAGCAGGGACUCUGGAUGCUAUGCCAGUAAUGAACAGUUAAUGCUCAAGGAUGCUCAAAAACCCCACUCUAGUCAACAGGCAAAGGUUGUCAUGACAACAUCAUCUCAAGUGAAGCCUGUUAACACUGCAGCAGCCCGCUCGGAUGCCGACUGCAGUGGUCACAUGUGUGGUAUGUGUGGUAAGCCCAGGGUUCAAGGUCAGUCACCUCUGCGGGAGGAUGAGGGGAUGGAAACCGAUCGAAGUGAUAAGGAAUACACGGAGGAAGACAAGGAGGUGUUUGCUAUUACUAACGGAUAUUUGCAACAAAGGACAGGGUCACCUCCUGAUAAAAAUGGCAAGAAUUCAAAGAAGAUGAGUGGAUAUUGUAAACAUUGUGUUCAUAGUAAAAUGUCAAGCAAACCAAAGAUGUCACAUUCUCCUUCAAGAGGAACCCCCAGUGCUAGCAAUUCCUUGUCCUCUGACACAAGCACCAGCACGACCCUGACCUCUAUCCACUCCCCAAGUAACCCCAACCUCCAGUGCUCAGUGUAUGGCUCAAGUACACAAGCCAGGAGGAAAGUGAAACCAGUGCCACCACCCCGAGCUCCCGGCACCGAGAUAACAUCGGUCACAACACCAGAAUAUGCCGCAAGGGACAUGUAUCCACAAGUCAAAAACCAACGCCCAAAGGACAUCAAUCCAGGAAGUGUGUAUAGUCGCCACCAGAUGUCAGUGCCACAACUGCAGAUGCCUUUGUCCAUGUACUACCCAGAGAGGAUUGCCUCCCCUCAUGGUAGUGUCGUAUAUGGCCAAGGCAGGCAGUUAGCGCCUGAACCGAUCUAUGGUCAGGUGACCAUCAAGAACGUCAGUCGGUCUCUCAUCCCCCUGGUGUCCACCAAGCUGAGUGCUGAGAAGAUUGAUCUGAGUGAGGAGCCGUAUUCAUCUGAGCUUGGCAUGUGUGGCAUCCCACCCCUGCUGAUCCAGCGGUACGCCGAGGAGCUGAGACAGGACAUCAACAGCGUGUCCCUGGUGCUGGAGCAGGUCCGACUCUACCAUCUACAGAACCACCAGAGAAACUCUAUUCCCAAUAACAAAUUGGCUGAUAGCUGCAGCAAUGCAGUAGACCUGAAGAUAUCUUCCAUUGAGGACUUCUUCAUCUCCAUCGGCCUGCCCAUGUACAUCGACCCACUGUAUGAGAAAGGAUGUUGCACUAUCCAGCUGCUGCUCAAUCUAUCAGAGACUGAUCUCAACAGGAUAACCGGGGCUGAUACCCGCCAUCUCAAACGCAUGCAGCAUGCCAUUGAUUGGGUUCGACAUAAAUUACAAUCACCUGUGAAAAGCCCCAAGUCUCCAACAAAAAGUCCAACAUCUGCCAAGCAAGCAUCUGUCAGAGAUAGAGUUUAAGAACUUUGUAUUUUAGACUUUGUUGUGACGUUUUAUACACUCUUCCUGCUACCAUCUUGAAAACACACCUGAAAGGUCUGACAACAAUCUUAUAUGGGCUUUGAAUGUAAUCCAGUCUUAAGCUGGGGACUUCUAGCCUUCAAAUACAUUGGUGGAAACUGG